AUGAACGCUUUGAACAUUUUCUUGUACACAAAUGGCAAAUUGCCCUUACAACACGAGGAUUCGAAGAACGCCGCCCGCAUAUUCACAGAGCAGUCGUCACAUCUUCUGGAACGUCUGGAGACCCUAGAGCGACAGCUGCAUGAGAGGAUAGCCAGCCAUAUCCCAAGGGACUUGGACUCGUUGGAACACUUGGUGCUGCAGCAUAAAGACUGGGAAACUAGUGUACAUGCCUGCACUCAUGAUGUCGAAGAAGUGCAGAAUACAUUUAGAGGCAUCGCGCUCAAGACGCCCGCCAUGAAGAAGAGCCUCGACAAGGUGAUGAGCAAGUGGAACGAUAUGCAGUCCAAGAGCCAACUCUUUGUUGAAAGGUUGAAGUUUGUUGAGAUCGUAGUCAACUGCAUGGAAGAGAAUCAUCAGACAAUUUCUGAAUUUGAGAUCAAAUUUGCACAGUUUAAUGACUUGCCCAACGAUGUCGACCUUCUAAAAGACGUGCAUGAAGAUCUCCUACGCAUGCAAGUAGUCGUAUCAAAACAACAAAUCCAAAUAGACCAAAUGAACGACGACGCUGAGAAUUGCAGACGUCUCGUGGAAGCGUCCAGAGCAGCUCUCCCACACUCUUCUCUGCCAAGAUCUGGAAAACAUAUCGACCUGGAGAGGUUGGAUAAGGAAGUCACCCAGCUGAAUACUAGGUGGAAUAACGUUUGCAGUCAGCUGGCUGAGAGACUCCGUAGCUGCGAAGCCGCAUACCAACUCCUGCGCAACUACAACGCUGGCCUAGAGAAGGAGGCGGAAUGGAUUGACGACGCCUACAGCAAGCUUCAGGCUCAGCCGCCCAUCGAGAUCAGGCCUAAAGAACAGUUCGAACCUACAAGGAAUCUACUGACGAGCGUUGUGGAGAGGACGCCUAAGAUAGAGAAAGUUAACGUUGACGGUGGCAGAUACAUACGUGAGGCAAAGAUAUACUCGUCACGGUGCCAACGCUACGCCGAAUGGCUGUGCGAAGAAGUCCACCCAUCCUUGGACAUGCGCCACCUCCGGAGACAGGCAGACAUGGAGCUCGCUGAACGACUCCGUGCCAGAGGGAUAGCUGUCGACCCUGAACAAGUGCCGGCGGGUUCAGACGCUGUUGCUCGUGAACUUGAUGAACUGAAUGCGAAAUAUCAAAGGCUAAUGGAUAUGUUGUAUGAGAGACUGAGAAGGAUCGCUGCUGCUAAUCCAGGAGACAUCGUUACUUUGCGUCUCGUGGAGGCGAUGGCGCCUCGGUCAGCGCGGUCCUUCCGCCAAGAGUUUAACAUGCAAGACUUGACCACAGAACACACGUACACAACGCACUAUACCACAGAAAACAGAUACACCAAAUCGUCACAUACGACAGAGCUAGACGGUCAACCAGUUAAAUCAAUGACCAAUGGCAAAUUAAACUCACCUAACUAUACAACGAAAACAAUAAUAACAGAUGACGACAGACCCGACGUUAGAAAACUUAAACGGGUCCACAGAAUGUACGAAGGACCAAAUAUUAUUGAAUCUAAAGGUAUAUUGCAUCCCGAGACCAGAGAAAUACUCACAGUUGGUCAAGCGAUCAGUAUGAGAAUACUUGACGUACGAACCGGCAGAUUAUUAUCUUCCCCUGACACAAGGCAAACGAUGACCAUAGAUCAGGCAGCCCAAGAAGGUCUUAUAGACCCGAAACUGGCUGCUAGAUUAACCGGACCUUGCGGCAUGACUGAAGAUGGUAAUGAAGUAACGUUGCUAGAAGCGAUACAAAGAGAACUAUAUGACGCCGAACAAGGACUUGCUGAUCCAGCCGAGAAAAGAAUCAAGGUAACUGUCGAAUCUGAACAAUCGGCCCAAGGAAUGAGUAUCUCUGAUGCCCUUAAUCGUGGGCAAGUAGAUUUACAGAAAGGUCUAUAUAGACUACCGAAUGGAAGCUACAUUACAAUAGCAGAGGCGUACCAAAGGGGUUACCUCAUCUACAAUGAGAUUAUAAAAAUAAAAUCAAGUGCUCUGUGUCUGUCUGACGCUAUUAGUCAAGACUUAGUUGAUAACAGUGGUUGGAUUCUGGACAGGAAUUCGGGUGACAAAUUCCAAUUAGACGUAGCUAUUAAAAACGAAUUAAUCAACCCUAACAUUAGAGAAGUAGUUGAUCCUAAAAAUGAUACAAAAAUAACGCUUGCUGAAGCAAUAGAAAAAAAUAUAAUAAAUACUAAACACUCCAAAUACGUACACAAUAUAACUAAAGAGAAACUUACUUUCAAAGAUGCAGCGGUCAAGCGGUUUAUUUGUAAACCCAUGACGCUAAAAGAUGUUUGUGAUAAUAACCUUAUGACUAAUGAUGGUAAAAUAUUUUCGCCAGCAAAUAGGGCUCCCUUAAAUAUUCUGGAGGCAAUAUCUGCGGGUGUUCUUGAUAGUGAUAACGUAAAAUGCAUUACUAAUACAACAACAGGAAGUCUCCUAACAUUAUCAGAGUCGUUAGGUGCUAAAAUAAUUUUACAUGACAAUAAGUUCCGUGAUAAUUUAACAGGAGAAAUUUGUACCAUCCCUGAGGCGGUAGAUCGUGGUUUGAUUACUUCCGUAUCUCAAAGAUCGAUAUUUGAUAUUGACGGUUUUAAAGAUCCUAAAACAGGUGAAUUUGUCUCAUUCAAUAAUACAAUAAGCAAAGGUAACCUUAAAUACGUAAAUGGUGAAACUUUUCUUAAGUCAGAAAGUGGAGACUGGGUGUUCUUAGAAGACUGUACUAAAGUAUCUUUAGUUAGGGCUGAAGUAUUAGAAAUGUUAAAUCGUAAGAUAGGUGUUUAUGAUAAUGGUAAAGAACUGUCAGUUUUAGAUGCCGUAUUUAAAAAUAUACUUGACCCGAAAACGGGUCAUUUAUUAGACGCGACCACUAAAAAGCCUAUACCUUUUAAUAAAGCCGUUGAAAUAAAUAUGAUAACACCUGAAGGCGCGGCCUUAUUAAACUCUCUCCUUAAUAUCAUUCUCACUUUACAAACUGUUACGAAAACAGUGAAGCGUUACGUAACAGUAACAAAUACUAAUACAUCUCAAAGAUCUGAAACAAUAAUCACAUUUGCUGAGGCAAUUAGACGCGGCCUCAUAGAUGAGCAUACACAAACAUUCACAGAUCCAACUACAGGUACUGUGUUCCCCAUUCAACAAGCGCUAGAUGAAGGAUUGCUAGGUGUAGAAAAGAAUGAACCGCGCGUUGUACAUAUAUCGGAUCGUGUUUCUAAGAAAGAUUUAAUUCCAGGUCAGGUUGUAGAGCUUAAAAUCACAAAAAAAUCUUUCAUAAAAGACAUGCCGCCUAGUCCUGAGAGUAAAGUUUUAAGAGAUAAUAGACCUGAGACUUUAAAGAGUCCGGAUUAUACUAUUCGUGAAAGUAGUCAAAUUCGCGAAAAUGAUAGCAGAGUGGCCAUUUCAAAAUCCUUUGUCCAAGAACCUUCUGUUACAUCUAUGACUAUUAAAAAGAACACUAUAGAAUUUCCAUGCGGGGGUUGGACGUUACAAGAAGCUAUACAACAAAACCUUUUCGACCCUGACACUGGCAUGUUCAUAAUACCAGGAACAGACAGAGUUCUGGAGCUUGGAGAGGCUUUGCGGCUCAACAUUAUUAAUGCUGAUUCAGCAAUUGUAAUAGAUCCUAGAACUAACAAAGAGUUCCCUCUUAAUAGAGCUUUAGAGAAUGGUAUGAUUAAUAAUACAGGUCAUUAUAAACUUGUGACCGAAAUCUUGACUAUGAAACAGGCAAUUGAGCGCAAUUACAUCAUAUAUAUUCAACUAACUAAAACCGUGUCUACUCAAAAAAUAAUAACUAUAACGUCCGUCGCGGGUAUGCCUGACAAGAUGGAAAUAUCGGAGAUGGAUACGCAUUCGCAGAAGCUUUUAGAUGAGCAGUCCGUUUUAGAACCUGUUCAAGUAUCACCAGGAGUAAUAUUCGACCCAGCAACGGCUUUAAUUAUUUCCACCUCGUCAGGUGUAUCCGAAAAUGUACUUGAAGCUGUAGAACACGGCAUUAUAUCUUCUAAUAUUGUCCAAGUGAUUAACCCGCGGUCGGGUCAGGCUAUUCCAUUAAAUCGCGCUGUAGAGCAAGGUAUCAUCGAUCUAAGAACAGAUGCGUAUGUGGAUAAAACUGGAAAAAAAAUUAAACUUGUAGAUGCCGCUAAAGUAGGUUUGAUUACUGUUAUAGGAGCACCUUUAGUAGCAGCAUCUAAGGUAAUUCAAGUUGUUAGGAAUACUAUGGUCCUAGAUCCGCAAACAGGUGAAAAUGUACCUUUGGAAGUAGCAUACGAACGGGGCUUAGUAGACCCAGUUGUAUAUAAACAGUACGAGGAGUCUAUUAGAGAUAGAUCCCCAGUUACUGAGUUAACUGAAGAAAUAAAAACAUCAACUACUACAAAUGUAACAUAUUCCCAAGUUACUACAAAAACCAUGCCUACAGAAACUACUGUAACCGUUGUGGUCGACCCUAAUACUGGAGAAAAUUUACCAAUAGAAGUAGCUUAUGAAAGAGGUUUAAUUGAUCCAGUAUCGUUUAAAAAGUACGAACUGUCAAUCAAGGAGAAAUCACCUGAGUUCUCCCAAAAGGUCUCUCAAAUGCCUAGCGAGAUAACAUUUACUCAAGUACCGAGUGCAACUACUCCGGAUACAUACAUAACAAUGAUAGUCGAUCCUAAAACUGGCGAACAAUUGCCAAUUGAAGAAGCAUAUAGACGCGGUAUUAUUGAUUCUGUUACAUAUAAAGUAUAUCGCAAUGCACUUUCUGUAAAACAAAAUGUUUUUCAAUCUGGGUCAGAAGCAAAAAGUGUGCCAGGAGGAAGCUCCGUCACUUUUUCACAAAUUACUUCAAAACCAAUAUCGGUUGGUGCAGCAGUUUCUGAAGGUUUUAUAACUGUUGAAUCUAUACAAAAUAGUAUUCUAGCUGAUAAUAGAAAGGUUGUUGAAACUGUUAACAUUAACAAACCCAAAGGUCAUCCGACUGAUGUAAUUCAAAUAAGUAAGUCAUCUAUUGGUCAAAAACCUAAAUAUAAAAUAAAUAUCAGUAGGGAACAAACUCCAGAAAGUACAGUUAUGGAAGGAAAACCCGUUGUCUUACAAAAGCUAAGGAAACAAGUUAUUUUGCCUGUGGAAGCUGUUGAAAGAGGCUUAAUUAACCACGAGACAGCUAAACUUUUAGAUGCUGUGAAACAAUAUAAGGAUAAUAAUGGGUCUCCUAUAACACUUGAGAAAGCCAUUGAACUAGGGUUAAUUGAUGAAAAUAAGGGCCACAUUAUUGAUCCAGUUCAUGGUGAUGCUGUUACGAUAAAAGAAGCACUAAAACGAGGCAUAUUAGAAGGAGAAGGACAAAAUGAAGUAUUGAUUCCUCUAGCUAGAAGUUUAUCUGUGGCAGAAGUAAUUGAACAGGGACUAUUAGACCCAGCUACCGGUAAAAUUAUUCAUCCCGAAACCGGAAAUCUGUUAACCUUGAGAGAAGCUAUCAUUUGCGAUAUUGUUGAUCCCUUAUCUAGCAUUACCUUAGCACCUGGAAAAAAAAUUACAUUAACAGAAGCCAUCGAAAGAAAUAUUAUCGACAACGACAAAAAUAUAGUCAAAACUAGUGAAGGUCCACUUGAUUUUGUGGCAGCUGUAAAUGCUGAGCUAUUUCCUGCUACGCAUUUAAAUGCCACAGAAUAUAUUCCCCCUGCUGCCAUGACCCUAAAUAUCGCAGUUCAGAAGAACUUGAUACAUCCACAUACUGGAGAAUUGAGACAUCCUCUUACUGGUGAACUAAUCCCUAUUAACGAUGCCGUCAAAAAAGAUCUAAUCAUGUCUAUACCCUAUCCUCAAACUUCGAAAACAAUUACAUUAGAGGAAGCUCUAGAGAAAGGUGUUUUAAAUUUAAAACAUGCUACAUUUGUGGAUCUAGAUACUAAGGAAGUAAUCUCGUUAGAUAGAGCCUUGGAACAAGGGCUACUCUCUAUCAAGCGUGAAACAGAUGCACAGGCAACGGGUGUAGUAACAACGUUUACGGAAACGUUCUCUUCCGAACAUACUAUCACGACUAAAAUGAUUGAGCUUCUUGCUGAUUAUGUACUAAUAAGUUCGAACAGAAUACAAAAUACAAGGACGGGUGAAAUACUAUCCAUCGAGGAAGCACGUAGGAAAGGCAUUGUGAGAGACGAACAAACAAGUAAAGAACAAUUCAUUACCAGUGACUCGAAUAUAACCUUUGCUGACGCUCUAAAUCUUGGUUACGUAAAUAUGGAGGCUGGUACAUUUACUCACCCCAAAACUGGUGAAACAGUAACGAUAUCGGAAGCGAUUGAAAGUGGCACCCUAAGUACCGAAGUUCCUUCAGAACCAAUUAAAGUAACUCCUAAACCAGAGAGUUUAGAAUUGCUAGAUUUAAAUGAAGCGUUUGAACUUCUCUUUGAUGAGAAAACCCAAAAGUUCAGAGACCCUAAAUCACCUAAUAAAGUGCUAACAUUUAAAGAAGCACUAGAUCAAAACAUAAUUAAUCCUGAUUCUGUUAUUUAUAAUGUUGAAGCAGCUAAACCAAUAACGUUACAAGAAGCAUUAACCACUGGAUUGAUUGACAAAAAAACAGGCAAGUUAAAGGAUACCAAAAGUGGUAAAUCUAUUGAUGUUAAAAAGGCAGCAAAGAUGGGCUUGAUAGCAGUUGUUGCAGCUCCAGUGUUAGCUGGCAUGGCAGUAGUACAAGGAGCCAAAGCAGUAACCAGCAAAAUCUUACAACCGAAACAAGAAAGAGUCGUUGAAUCGCCGAGUCGUAUUAAUUCGGUACAAGAAACUAUUAAAUACGAUGAAAGUAAAACACUGGAAGGAAAUAACAAGAAACCGGAAGGAAAGAAAAUUGACUCAAAGGGUAUACUGUCACCUGCAGAAAGAACUAAAACAAUGACUAAACAGGAAGAAAAAUCAACAAAACUGCCUGAGAAACAUAAAGUACAUGAAAUUGUUACUUCCGAAAGUACAGUUAAAGCCACUGAUAUAGACACCCCAACUGUAGAAAAGAAGAACAUUGCCAUCGAAACGAACAUUGCCACUGAAAAAAUAGAUUCAAGUAAAGAAAAGACUCCGGGUAAAGUUUCUUCAACCCAAGAAUUAUCAGAAAUAUCGCCAUCGAUGAAACCUCAUGUACUAAAAGAUUUACCCUCCGAAAAACAAUCGAAGCUUGAAGAACUUCAUAGUCAAAAGGAAAUUCCACUAAAACAAUUAGAACCGCAGAAAGUUGAACAGUUUAAGCCCAAACAGGUAAGUAGUGACAAGACUGUAGUUACUGAAUCAACUGUUAUAACAAAAGAUUUAAAAAAAAUUGACGAAGAUAAGCCAAAAGAAAAAGACUUUGCGCAAGGUAAAGAUAUUAUUGAAAAACCCAGCCCAACUAAAGAUAUGGAACAUGUUGUAUUUGAAGAAAAACCAGUAAUACAAGAAUUUAGAAAAAUGACUUCUGAUGGUGAAGAAAUUGUGACUGUGGUGAAGAAAAGUACAAUAAUUAGGACUGAGUAUGAUAUUGCAGAAGAAGCAGCAGCGGAAGAACCUAAAUAUGAAACGUAUAAAAAUCUGUUACACAAAGAUCUGCCUGUGAAAGAUGAAUUACAGUCACCUCAAAACCGUUUAGGAACCGAAACCCAAGCUGCUAAACCUGAUUUGGAAAAGGAAAUUAAACCUAUUAUCGAACAUCAUAAAGUUAUUCAAGAACUAUCUUAUAUACCUGAUAACCAAGAAAUUUCAUUACCUAAAGAAAACAUUAAUGAACGAAUGACGAAAACAAGUGAAGAACGACCAACAAUACAAGAAAUACAUGAAAGUACACCAGAUGGGAAACAAAUCACAAUUAUUAGCAAGUCCAAAGUACGUUCAUCAGAUCCAACUGAAUUCGUUACUGAACAUAGUAGCACAAUUGUUACUUCAAUGUCAUCCACCGUCACUACUACUGUAACUGAGAUAACACAAAGUGAAUCAUAUCAAGUAGUAACAGAAGAAGUUGCUGGCAGUGAAAGUUCGACAGCUACAGAUGUACAAAAAUACUACGUCACAGAAGCACCUGAUGAAACUGAUGAUGCUCAAGUUGCAUCGCAACCAUCUUACACUGAAAAAGAUACUAAAACAGUUGAAAUAAGUGUCGCGAAACAAGGCUCUAUACCAUCAGAACGAACAGAAUAUCCUCAAGAAAAACCUCAAGUUGAAACAGGUGCAAAGGAUAUUACACCAAAAACUAGUAAUCAAAAAGAUGACAAAUCUACACAGCCCUUAGAAGUAGCUCCUGGGGUAAUAUACGAUCCUAAUACUUCAACAGUAAUCUCCACACAGAUAGGUGUUGCUGAAAAUUUAUUACAAGCUGUACACAAAGGUAUAGUGCCGUCAGAAACGGUAAAAGUCAUUGAACCUAAUACUGGUAAAGAAAUUACGUUACAAGAAGCUAUGAAGAAAGGAGUUGUUGAUAUCAAAUCUGGAGAAGUAAAAGACAAAACAGGUAAAAAAUUAAGUGUAGCUGAUGCUGCUAAGUUUGGGUUAAUAGCAGUUGUAGGCGCGCCAAUUAUGGCAGCUGCUAAAGUUGUUGAAGUGGUAAAGAACGUAGUUGUGAUUGAUUCUGAAAGUGGUAAGAAGAUGUUAAAAGACAAAGCACGCGAAAAGAGGCUAGUGGACGAUGAUACUUACAAAACAUGUGAAGAAGCUAUGAAAACUCAACCCGCCGAGGGAAUCGUAACUGAAGUAAUUCAGCAAACUUCAUUGGAACGGCCAAAUGAAGUCACUCUCAUUGAAGAGGUCGUUGAACACUAUACUACUACUAAAACUACAACACGUCCAGAUGACAUUAUUAUUACAGAAACAACGGAAUAUACCAAACCAGUUAUCUCUGAAUUUACAAAAACCUCUAUGGAGCAGACUUCAGUUGAAUUUAGUAAACCUUCUAAGCCUAGCAUUCAAGAUGGAAAGUCUAUUUCGGCCAUGCUUAUUGAUGCCGAAAAACAACCCUUAAGAGUGAUUGACGAGAUCACUGAACAAAACUUAACUAAAGAAAAAUUAGAACCUAUAAAACCGCUUUAUGAAAACAUUCCAUUAAUUGAUGCAAUUGCACAAGGUAAAGUCGAACCUAAAGUUUGCAGAAUUAUCAUAAGUGGUGUUGAAUCUCCUCUGACUGUUCAAGACUCUUUGGAACAGGAACAAAUAAGUAGGUUUGCCCCCGUAGAUGUUUUAUCUAAGAACUGCGUAGUUUUAAGAGAAGUAAAGCCUAAUUAUUGCGUGGCUAUCUCUCAAAGAAUUACUCCCGAAGAAUUAUCUGAGAUGGGAGUGUAUGACAUUGAAAAACAGAUUUUCUUGAAUCCAGAAACAGGUGCUAAAAUAUCUUUUGAAGAACUUGUUUACGGUCUACACAUAUUCGAUCCAGAAUCCAUUUUAGUCAAAGACUUAAGUUCAAAAUCAGAAGACUAUAUUUCGUUUGACGAGGCAAUCGCUAAGCCUAUUAUUGACAAAGUAACGGGUCAUAUGGUUAAUCCAAAAACAGGCAAACGUGUACCUUUCUUAGAAUGUGUGCAAUUAGGUUGGGUAGUUGAAAAGCCUGAAGAUGUUUGUGUUCCUGAACAAGUUACUAUAGAGUCUGCUAUAGAGCAAGGUCUAUACAAUCCUAAAACUGGUUUAAUCAAAGACGUUAAUACAGGUGCCUUGGUACCUAUCGGUCAGGCUGUUGAAAAAGGCUUGAUUGAUCAAGAUACAUUGUUAAUUAAAGUGCCUCAUUCUACUGAAAUUAUUACUAUAUCUGAUGCUAUUGAUCGACAUAUUGUAGAAAUUCAUGAGGGCGUAAUUACAAUAAUUGAAACUCAAGAAAUUAUAGAGAUAUCUGUUGCUAUUCAGCGUGGAUUAAUUACUAUAAUUCGUAGACCUAUUUCCAUAGAGGCAAUUAUUGAAAAUGAAAUGUAUGAAUCUAAAUCUGGCAAAAUUAUUGAUAAAGUUACGGAUCAGUUAGUUACAGUAGGGGAUGCUGUCGAUAGGAAUAUUGUACAUCCUACAAUCUCUGAAAUCAAAGACACUGCUUUAGAAAAAUUCGUGCCUCUUAAUGAAGCUCUUGACAUGAAACUUAUUGAUCCAGAAACAGGUAGAGUUAAGGAUAAAAAGACUGGAAAACACAUUCCAUUAGACGAUGCUUUAAAGAAGGGAUUAGUUGCAACAAAAGCGAUCACUUUCUCUUUGUUUGAUGUUAUAGAAUUAGGUUAUUACUCUCCCGAAUCAGGCAAAAUUUUAAAUCCCAAAACAGGUGAAACAAUCACUUUAGGUGAAGCUAUAAACCUACAACUUGUAGACCCCAACGAUGUUAAAAUCAGAGAUCAUAAAAACGAAGCAGUUAUUCCUUUCGACAAGGCAAUCCAUUCAGGUCUCAUUGACUUAGAAAAAGGGAUGUUGACGUCGCCAUUCACUAACCUUAAAGACGCUUGCGACAGAGGAUAUCUGCUUAGUGAUAAGAAACCUUGGACUCUGCAAGAAGGUUUAGUUCAAGGUUUUUAUGACCCCGAAACAGGUCUGUUAACAAUUAAUGAUACUACUAUGACUCUUGAUGAUGCAAUCAAGAUCGGUAACAUCAACCCAGAAGCUUUAACGGUUAGGAACUCUAUAACAGGCGAAAUUAUCUCACUUGCUGAUGCCAUUCGGGCUGGUAUUAUUGAUUCAAAGGAAGGUAAGGUCAGGGAUCCUAUUCAUGGUGAUAAAAUAUCACUCACUGAUGCAUCAGAGCGUGGAUUAAUUAUUCCAGCCAAACGUAAACUCAGCUUACCAGAAGCUGUGUUUAAAGGCUUUUACGAUCCUAAAACAGGUAAAUUCUCCAAUCCUCUUAGCAAGGAAAAGAUAGCAACAGAUAGGGCAAUUAAGAAACGGUUCAUUGAUCCACAAUCUACUUUAGUACACGCUGCAGGUAAAGUUAUACCAUUUGAGUUUGCAGUUGAUAGAGGUAUUAUUGACGUCAGAACAGGUACGAUCAAGUUAGGUGAUGAAAAUAUUGACUUCCGUGAAGCUUUUGAGAGGGGAAUACUCGUUGAAGUUCGUAAGCCCAUGUCUCUUAUUGAGGCACUCGAAAAAGGCGUAUAUAAUGAAAUUACUGGGCUUUUCUUGGACCCACAGAGCGGUAAAAAGUAUACUUUGGCCGAAGCCAUUAGGUUGAACUUGAUUGACAUUCAUUCUGUUCAUAUUUUGGACAAUAGACUAGGUAAAUGGGACAAAAUCACAUUAUCAGAAUCUUUAGAAACGGGAGUUAUUGAUGAUCAAACUUGUAAAAUUCGAAAUAUUAACAGCGACAAUGAAGAGAUCAGCCUCCGUAAAGCUUUUGAAAUCGGUUUAGUAGUUGACAGUAAAGCACCUAUUAGCUUACAACGUGCUCUACACCAAGGGCUUUAUGAUGAUAGUACGGGUAAAAUUAUCGACCCUGCUGCAAAUCGCAAAAUAACUUUACAUGAGGCUAUUAGGCGAUCCAUUAUCAGUCCAAAAUAUCUUUGUUAUUUCGACAAGAAAUCAGAAAAACCAUUGUCAUUGGCUGACUGUUGUCGUAGUGAGAUUAUUGAUAGAAGGAGUGGAAAAUUCAACGAACCAGGAUCGGAUGUCCAGGUUACUCUAUCUGAGGCAAUGAGUCUAGGCCUUAUCGUAGAUAUCGAGAGUGCAGGUUUUACUUUGUAUGACACCUUAGCUAUGAACAUGUAUAACAUAACGGAAUUAAUUUUUGUUCACCCUGUUUCUGAAAGAAAAAUCAAUUUAAGAGCAGCUAUCGUAGAAGAGUUAAUUAAUCCAGAAACAUCGUUAGUUAAACAUAUUCCUAGCAGUAAGUACAUUCGGUUAGGUGAAGCAAUUCUGAAUGGUAUUAUUGAUGACGAAAAUAAUGUAUAUAUCUUACCAAAUGGAAAUCAAAUUAACUUACUUGACGCUAAACAUCGCGGUCUUAUAGUAACGACAAAGAGAAACUUAAGCCUCGAAGAGAUUAUUCGUAGUGGUCUUUUCAGAGCUGAUAAUGGUAAAAUUGUUGAUCCCAACACUAACGAGUUUGUUGACAUUAAUAAAGCUAUAGAAAUUGGACUCCUAAAUCCUGAGCUUACUGUAGUAAAAGAUACUGUAACCAAUAAAUUCAAACCCCUACACAUCGCUAUUCAACAAGGCGAUGUUGACGUAUCUAAAGGUAGAGUUAUCGAUACUAAAGCUAAGAAAACGUUCAGCUUGGAUAUUGCCUUUGAUAAAGGCCUUCUGGUGACAAUUACUCAACCACUUACAUCUCAAACAAUUUCUAAAAAACACAUAUCGGAUUCGUCUGCGUUCAAGGAAUCGAUACUUAGGGAAUUUACACUUGAUGAAGCUAUCAAAUAUGAAUUUGUCGACCCCGAAACGGCUGUAAUAAAAGAUCCUCAUAAGAAUAAAUACAUUCCAUUAAAAUUAGGUAUCACCGAAGGCAUUAUUGAUAAAAACGCUAAAGGUUCAUUCGAUACGCAAAAUCGCGCUCGUACUCUUUGCUUCGUCUUUGAAAAUGGUUUAGUUGUGUAUGUUCGCGAACCUAUGACGUUUGAGCAAGCGAUUGAAAACGGUCACUUAAAUAUUGCUACGGCUCGUUUCACUGAUCCUCAAUCCAAUGAAGUUUUAACAAUUAGAGAUGCGGCCUCAUUGGGCUACAUAGACCCAGACACAGCACUUAUAAAGGAUAAUCUCAAGAGGAGGCUAGUUAAGCUUCCUGAAGCUUUCCGCAAAGGCCUCAUGGAUGCAGAAAAGGGCAAUAUCUUAGACACAGAGACUUCUAAACUAAACACACUAAGUGCUGCUAUUGAAAGUGGGCUUUUGAUGACUCCUCAGAAAAGCUUUAGCUUAAUAGAGACUUUGAACUUUGGUAUAUAUAACCCGACAACCGGAGCUCUUAACGAUCCUUUCAUAACCACAAGCGUGAUGGCUAGAAAGCGAUUGAAUUUAGGUGAAGCUAUUCAGCAAGGAAUCGUAGACCCGUCAAGUACUGUCGUCAAAGAACCUGAGACAGGAAAGAUAUGUUCAUUGGUACAAGCGAUAGACCAAAAGUUGGUUGAUCCCGUCGAAGGCAAGCUCGUCAUAGAUCCAGUCAAAUCGAUCAGUUUGGACUUAGUCAAAGCUCUGAAAAAGGGCUACUUGCUGCCAGCAGAAACGAGGCAAGCAGUAGAAGAGAAAUACAGACUUUGCGAUGAGACCCUGUCAAAGUUGCUGGAAUGGAUCGCUGUUGUUGAAGAACGUCUCGCUAACCAAGAGGCCGUGAAGGAAGACAUGGAUGAACUCCGUAACCAGAUUAAUAUUCUCAAGUUAAUUAAGGACGACUUAGAGAGUCACCAACGCCAAGUCUCAGCGUGCGCUGACCAAGCUAAACAACUGCUAGUUUCCGGAGGCGAUGUACUGGCACCUCAUGAGGUGGCAGCCCUGGAGCGCGGCGUGCGCCAGCUGAAGCAGCGCUGCGACAAGUGCACCGACAAGUGCGACAAGAUGUUGAGGAGGUUGGCGGCCGCUAGAGACGAGCUCGGAAAGUUCGGCAACGAACUGACUACGUUCAACACUUGGAUGGAAGGCGCCUAUCGCACUCUAGAAGACAAAGAAGCAGCAUUAUCGAAGCUGAACUCUUUGCCGGACCAGAGUGAGGACGUGCGCGAGUUCGUAAGUGACGUUAUCGCGCAUCAAGCCGACCUCCGGUUCAUCACUAUGUCCGCGCAGAAGUUUGUGGACGAGAGUAAGGAAUUCCUGUCGAUCUUGAACGAAUAUCGUACAUCGCUCCCGUCUCGCCUGUCGCACGUGCCGGCCCGCGCGGACAGCGAGGUGCGCGGACAGGCCGCAGCUGCGCGGCGGCGCCACGCCGACCUGUGUGCGCGCGCGCAGCGCCUGCACGACCGCCUGCGCGGCGCUGCCGACGUCACCCGCCAGUACCACGACGCGCUGCAGCGGGCCGGCAGGUGGCUCUCGGAGAUCGAGCCCCAAGUACGCUCAGUACUUUCGGAACCUGUCGGUGGAGAGCCUCGUGCUGUUGAAUCUCAACUCUCUAAAGCGAAGACUCUUCACAAUGACAUAUUAUCUCAAGGACGUCUUAUCGACAACACUAAAGACGCAUGUGAGCAACUAGUCAAAUCUCUGGAAGGCAAUCUCACCCCUGCCGAGAUCCGUCAGCUCGAAGUGCCAGUGCUGGACCUGACGGCGCGCUACAAGGACAUGGCGGACGCACUGGGCGGGCGCUGCACGGAGCUGGAGGCGGCGCUGCUGCAGUGCCAGGGCUUGCAGGACGCUGCUGAAGCACAAGGUCAUUGGCUCUCACAGGCCGAGAGCUCUUUAAAGACUCAGUACCGACCAGCUUCUCUUAUUCGAGAGCGUUUAGAUGAACAACUCCGCGAGCAGCGCCUUUCUCUUGCCGAGUUGGAGGCACGCAGACCAACGUUGGCCAAACUGUUGGCCAACGCAAGAGAUGCCGCCUUGACUCCUUCCAAUGCCAGGAUCGCUAAGAAACUGGAACAGAGAGCUGAAGACAUUUAUGCCAGAUACGAGAAACUUGUAGAGCGUUCUGCCAAACGCAACGAGUUCUUAGACGAGGUGUCGAGCGAGCUGUCGCACUUCAGCCAGCAGGCCAACACGCUGGACGCGGCGCACGCGCAGCUCGUGGAGCAGGCCGACGCCAGGGAGCUGGCGAGGAUGCCGGCCGAAGAGCUCGGCGCCAGGCUGGCGCAGCUAGCGAAUUACAGGGACAAACAAAUGCCGCUGUUAGAGGAGUGCCUGCGCGCCGGCAAGCAGUUGGUCGCCAAGAAGGAUGUCACCGACACACACGUCAUUCGUGACAGAAUGAAGGCUUUGGAGAACGUGUGGCGCGAUUUCAACGCGACUCUGGAGGAGAAACAAAAGCUGUCCAAGCAGAGAGCUGACCAACUCAACCAGUACGAGACUCUUAAGUUACAAAUCCUAGAUUGGCUUCAAAUGAUGGAGAAUCGUGUGAAUCGUUUACAACCUGUCGCCGUGGACCUGGACGUUAUCAAACAACAACAGGACGAGCUGCGACCGCUGGCCAAAGAGUACAGAGACGUGUCCAUUACUAUUGACAAGGUGAACGAAGCGGGAGCGGUGUACGAGGCGCUGGCGCGUGGCGAGCGCGCCGACAGCCCGCACCGCAGGCGCCAGAUCUACAGCCCCACCAAGCGGCAGACGCCCAGUCGCACUCUAGACGGCCGCUCGCCAUCACCCAGCAAGGCCCACGGGCUGGUGAGCCCGGCCUCCACUCACUCUACGUCCAGCGGCUUCUCCUCACGACGCUCCAGCCAGGACGGAUUCCACCUAGAAGAACUAUCGCCUGUACAACAACAACUGUCCGAGAUCAAUAACCGCUACAGCUUGUUGGGCACCAAGUUGGCUGACCGACAGAGUGAACUCGACGCUGUUCGGGAAGAACUCAAAAAGCACCUGGAUAGCUUGAGGGCUUUGAAUACAUUCUUGGACAAAGUACAAAGACAACUACCUAAAGAAACAGUUCCCAAUACAAAGGAGGAGGCUGACAAGACCAUCAAGCAAUCUCGCGCUGUCCUCGAAGAGAUGUACGAGAAGCAGAGUAUUCUUGACUCCACUAAGACCCAGGUCCGCGAACUCCUCAAACGCAAGCAGAGUGUACUUGGAGCUGAUAGGCUUCAUGAUGAGAUGGAAGAUGUCUCCUCGAGGUGGAAGGCGCUUCAUGACGCGUUCAAGGACAAAAUCCGCCUAAUGGAAGAAAUGAAGGACUUCCAUGACACUCACAGUAACUUAUCACAGUGGUUGAGUGCCAAGGACCGUAUGAUGACGGCUCUGGGACCCAUCUCUUCAGAUUCUAGAAUGGUCCAAACUCAAGUACAACAGGUGCAAGUCCUCCGCGAAGAGUUCCGCGGUCAGCAGCCGCAGCUCUCGCACCUGGAGGAGGUGGGCGCGGCCGCGCUGGAGCGGCUCGAGCCGCACUCCGCCGACGCUAACAAGCUGCGCCUCAAGGUCGCCGACCUGCAGGACCGCUGGAACGAUCUCUUGAACAAAUUGGAGAAACGCGCCGAUAGUCUAGGCGCGGCUGCAGACACUUCUCGCGAAUUCGACGCAGGUUUGACACGUCUACGCGACGCGUUGCAUACCAUCAGCGAUAAGUUAGACGAAGUGGCUAUGGAGAACGAACCUGAAGAGCAGCUCAGGAAGAUUGAGAACCUGGAACGUCAAUUAGAAGGCCAGCGUCCUUUGCUAGCGGACUUAGAAGCCGCCGGAGCUACGCUAAUCACCGUGCUGUCCGACCCCUCCUCCAGGCAGGACAUACAGAGCAAACUUGCGGCUGUCGCCAGGCAGUACGAUAACCUGCAAAGGAAACUCGACCAUAGGAAGGCAGAAAUAGAAGCGGCACUGAAGGAUGGCCGCAAUCUCGAAGAGAACGUAGCAAAAACACUAGGCUGGCUCCAAUCCGAGUUAGGCGCGCUCCCUGGACGUCUCCUCGUCUCAGCAGACAACACCAAGCUCCAGCAACAGUUAGAGAGACACGAGCCUCUGUACAGAGAGCUCACGCAGAAAGAACAUGAGCUCAUCAUGUUGUUGGAUAAGGGUCGCGAGAUGGAGAAGAAGCCAGCACACCAGAACUUACGCAAGGACCUAGACAGGAUCCAGGCGCAAUGGGACAAACUCAAGCGGGAGGCGGUCGAUAGAUACACCAGACUUCAGACAGCAAUGGAACACUGUCGCAAAUUCCACAAAGCUCAAGAAUCGUUUACACCUUGGCUAUCGGACGCCGAAGACAGACUCAACAAGUUGCCGGCUACUGGCUUCACUAAGAAGGAAGUCGAAAAGCAGCUGAAGGAGUUGCAACAGAUCAGGAAUGACAUCUGGAAGAGGUCCGGUGAAUAUGAAAACAAUAAGACACUCGGCGAGACCUUCAUUUCUUCAUGUGACGUCGAUCAAGAAAUAGUUAGGAAGUUGCUCGACAGCAUGAAGGAGCGAUGGGACAGAAUCAAUAACGAGGUAUUCCAGCAGGUGGAGUUCUUGGAGAGUACGGCUCGCAAGCUGGGCGAGUUCGCGGAGCGCGUGCGCGGCGUGCACACUCCGCUGCAGCGCUGCGAGGAGCGGCUGGACGAAGCGCUGGCAGCGCCGCCCGCGCAGGCCGCCGAAGCCGUUGCCCGCCUCGCCGACCAGAUACACGCGCUCCGGGCUCCACUACAGAGUAUAACGUCAGCGGCUGACGACAUCGUGUCGCUGGCGCUGGAGAGCGGCGGGCGCGACGCAGGCGCACGCGCGCGCUCCGUGCUGGACGCGCAGGUGCUGGCGCUGGCCGAGCGCCUCGACGAGCUGGACGCGCGCGCCGGGGACGCCAGGGGCCGCCUCGCCGGGGCCGCCGCCGCCACCGCACACUUCCAGGACAAAGUGAAGUCACUCUCCCACGACUUAUCCGACUUAGAGAAGGAGCUCGACGGUAUGAAACACCCGGGCCGAGACAUCAAGACUGUGAAACAGCAGUUGGAAGACAUCGGCAGGUUCUACAAACGUCUGGAGAACGCCGACGAUUUAGUCGGAGACACGGAGAGGGCGGCCGAACAGUGGGUCGACAGUGGAUACACUGUUGACACCGCUAAGACCAGAGAUCAGGUGGAAGGACUACGUAAGCAACUCGCCAAGUUGGACGAGCGUGCUCGCGCUAAGGAACAAGAUCUGGACGACACUUUGAGCAAACUGGAAGCCUUCUAUAAGGCGUACGACUCUGUCAUGGAUGAUGUGACCGAGGCUUCAGAACAAGUCCGUAGUCUCAAGCCUGUCUCUUCCGAAGUGGAACAGAUCCGCGCUCAACAGAAAGACUUCACGGAACUCAAACGCCGUACCCUCGAGCCGCUGGGCCAGAACGUGGCUCACUGCAACAAGAUCGGGCAAGGGCUCGUCAGGUCCGCCCUCCAAGGGGUCAGCACACAAGUCUUGGAGAAGGAUCUAGAAAAGAUGAAUGACAAGUGGAACGCAUUGAAAGAGAAAACGAACGAACGUGAACGUCGGUUGGACGUGGGACUGCUGCAGUCCGGCAAGUUUGCCGAGGCGCUGGCCGGUUUAGAGAAGUGGCUGGCCGACACCGAGGACAUGGUCAACAACCAGAAGCCACCCUCAGCUGAUUACAAAGUGGUGAAAGCGCAGCUGCAGGAGCAGAAGUUCCUCAAGAAGAUGCUCAUGGACCGCCAGAACUCGAUGUCAUCUCUAUUCGCGAUGGGUAGCGAAGUGGCCGCCGGCUGCGAGACCGGUGAGCGGAAGACUAUAGAGAAGCAGCUCAAGGGGCUGAUGGAGAGGUUCGACGCGCUCACUAACGGCGCUCAGCAGAGAAUGCUGGACCUCGAACAAGCUAUGAGGGUGGCAAAACAAUUCCAAGAAGAGUUGCAACCUCUGGUCGAAUGGCUCGGCGUCACUGAACGGAAGGUGAAGGUGCUGCAGCUCGUUCCUACUGACGAGGAGAAGAUACAACAUAAGAUCAGAGAGCAUAAGGCCCUUCACGAUGAUAUCAUCUCGAAACAGCCUCCGUUCAAACAGCUGACGGAAACAGCUUCGACUUUGAUGGGAUUGGUCGGUGAUGACGAAGCUACGGCCCUCGCCGAUAGACUUCAAGCAGCUACCGACAGAUACCAAGCUCUAGUAGACCACAGUCUGAACCUCGGUGACUUGCUCGAGAGCUCACGUAAAGGGCUCCGACACUUAGUCCUGACGUACCAAGAUCUGUCAGCCUGGAUGGACAGCAUGGAGCAGUACCUCGCCAAGAGGAAGAUCCUACCGGUCCAUAUGGAACAGCUUCUGAGACAAAUGGAUGAAUUAGCUGAAAAGACAGAAGAAAUAGCUUCUAAACAAGAAGCAGUAGACAGCACAGUGGAAUCAGGACUGGAACUGAUGAAGCAUAUAUCUGGAGACGAAGCGUUGCAGCUGAAAGACAAGCUGGACGCUCUACAGCGGCGGUACAACGACCUCACCAGCAGGGGCGCUGAGCUGCUCAGGGUCGCCUCGGAGACGCUGCCUCUGGUUCAGCAGCUGUACAACAGUCAUGGCAGACUCACCGACUGGAUGGCAGGAGCGGAGUCGUGCCUACAAUCUGUUGAACCCCGUGAGGAGGAUAUCUUAAGAUUAGAGGGUGAAUUGCAAGAAUUUAGGCCCGUAUUGGACAAUAUCAACCUGAUUGGGCCACAGCUUUGUCAGAUAUCACCUGGAGAGGGCGCUACUUAUAUCGAAAGCAUCGUGACUCGCGACAAUCGUCGGUUCGAUGCUAUCGCAGAACAAAUACAGCGUAAAGCUGAGAGGUUACUGCUAAGCAAGAAGCGCUCGCUGGAGGUGGUGGGCGACAUGGAGGAGGCGCUGGAGUGGCUGCGCGGCGUGGAGGCGGUGCUGCGCGGCGCCGAGCCGCCCGCCGCCGACGCGCCCGCCGUGCGCCGCCAGCUCAACGCGCAGCGCCCGCUCAGCGACGACGUGGCCGCGCAGCGCGUGCGCGUGCGCGACCUGCUCAGCCAGGCCAAGAAGGUUCUCCGCGAAUGCCAAUCGUCUGAGGAAACGGCCGUUAUCCGCGACCGCAGCGAGGAAUUGAAGGAGACGAUGGAAGAAGUGGGACAUCUCAGCGCUGCUCGGCUAGCCGCUCUCGAACAAGCGUUACCUUUGGCUGAGCACUUCGCUGAUACUCACCAUGGCCUGUCAUCAUGGCUAGAUGAUAUGGAGAAGCAGAUCCAUAUGUUGGCAAUGCCCGCAUUACGACCAGAACAAAUCGUUCAGCAGCAAGACAAAAACGAGAUGCUGCAACAGUCCAUCAGCAAUCACAAGCCGCUAGUGGACAAGCUGGUCAAGACUGGCGAGGCAUUAGCCAAGCUCUGCGGCGAUGACGACGCGGCCAAAGUGCAAGACAUCGUCGACACCGACUGCGAGCGGUACAACGCUUUACGAGCUGAACUUAGACAAAGACAACAAGAGUUAGAGCAGGCGUUACAAGAAUCAUCUCAGUUCUCCGACAAGCUGGAGGGUAUGCUCCGCGCAUUGAACGGAGCUGCAGACCAAUUGCAGCGGGCUGAGCCUGUGUCUGCUCAUCCGCCCAAGAUUGAGGACCAAAUCGAGGAAAAUAAUGCUUUAAUAGAAGAUCUGGAGAAACGUCAAGAGGCUUACAAUGCGGUACAGCGAGCAGCCUCUGACGUCAUGAGCAAGGCUAACAAGAGUGAUCCUGCUGUACGUGACAUUAGAAACAAGCUUGACAAGCUUAGCAAGAUAUGGGACGAGGUGCAAAAGGCGAGCAAUGACCGCGGCAACUCUCUGGACAACACGCUGGAGGUGGCGCGGCGCUUCUGGCAGCAGCUCAACGCCGUCAUGGCCCAGCUCGGGGAGCUCGAGGACACGCUCUCCGCCCAGGCCCCGCCCGCCGCGCAGCCCCGCGACAUACAGGCGCAGCAGCUCGCCCUGCAGGAGAUACGGCACGAGAUCGAUCACACCAAACCGGAGGUUGAGAAAGUCCGGAAGACCGGUUCGACCCUGAUGUCUCUAUGUGGCGAGCCCGACAAACCCGAGGUGAAGAAACACAUGGAAGACUUAGACAAUGCGUGGGACAACAUCACCGCGCUGUACGCCAGAAGGGAGGAGAAUCUCAUUGACGCCAUGGAGAAGGCUAUGGAGUUCCAUGACACCCUACAGAAUCUCCAAGAAUUCCUGGACUCAGCCGAAGACAAGUUCUCUCGCAUGGGUGCACUAGGAUCUGACAUCGACGCCGUCAAGCGGCAGAUCGCACAGCUGGCCACCUUCAAGCAAGAAGUCGACCCCCAUAUGGUCAAAGUAGAAGCUCUCAACAGACAAGCUCAAGAGCUCACUGAACGUACUUCGUCCGAACAAGCAUCGUCCAUCAAGGCGCCUCUAACAGAGGUCAACUCACGCUGGUCCGCCUUACUGCGAGGCAUGGUGGAAAGGCAGCAACAGCUAGAGAGGGCUCUCCUUAGACUGGGCCAGCUGCAGCAUGCAUUACAGGAACUUUUGAGCUGGAUACAGCACACAAGCGAUACUUUGGACUCUUUGAGACCGGUUGCCGGAGACCCACAAAUCCUGGAGGUCGAGUUAGCCAAGCUAAAGGUUCUGGUUAACGACAUCGCUGCCCACCAAUCGAGCGUGGACACACUCAACGACGCCGGCUCGCAGAUUGUUCAGCACGGUACUGAGGAAGCUGGUGAAACAGCAGAAAAACUGUCAACUCUUAACCGCAAGUGGCGUGAACUGCAACAGAAGGCACGCGACCGACAGACAGAACUUGAGGACGCGCUUAGAGAAGCUCAAAGCUUCAAUGCGGAAAUUGGCGACCUGCUGAGCUGGUUGUCUGAAGUGGACGGUGUCAUCACAGCCUCCAAGCCCGUCGGUGGUCUUCCCGAGACCGCCACGGAACAACUUGAGAGAUUCAUGGAGGUAUACAACGAAAUCGAGGCGAACCGUCCCAAGGUAGAAGCUGUCCUCCAACAAGGCCAGGAGUACUUGAAGCGACAGGACAAGCCCAACCCCACAUCACAGCUGCACCACAAUCUCAAGAACUUGAAGUCACGGUGGGACAACGUCACCGCUAGGGCAUCUGACAAGAAGAUCAAGUUAGAGAUUGCUCUGAAAGAAGCUACGGAGUUCCACGACGCUCUACAGGCGUUCGUUGACUGGUUGACCAGCGCUGAGAAGACCCUGACUUCAGCUAAACCUGUAUCCAGAGUCAUGGAGACCCUACUCACCCAAAUCGAAGAACACAAAUCUUUCCAAAAAGAAGUUGCAACUCACCGUGAGACGAUGCUUCACCUCGACAAGAAGGGUACUCACCUCAAAUACUUCAGCCAGAAACAAGACGUGAUAUUGAUCAAGAACCUGCUGGUGUCAGUACAGCAUCGAUGGGAGAGGGUUGUAUCGAAGGCUGCUGAGCGAACUAGGGCUCUGGACCAUGGUUUCAAGGAGGCCAAGGAGUUUAAUGAUAUGUGGAACAAUUUGAUGACUUGGCUCAACGAUACGGAACAACAACUAGACGAACUCAACUCUGAAGCCUCUAUCAACGACCCUGAAAAGAUCAAGCAGAGGCUAAACAAGCACCGUGAGUUCCAAAAGGCUUUAGCUGCCAAACAGCCUGUGUAUGACCAGACCAUGAAGUCUGGUAAGCUACUGAAAGACAAGGCGCCUAAGAGUGACGAGAACACCCUCAAGACCAUGAUGUCUGAUAUGAAGACUAAAUGGACCACUGUGUGCUCCAAGGCUGUAGAAAGACAACGCAGGCUGGAGGAGGCCCUGCUGUACUCCGGACAGUUCAAGGACGCGAUGUCAGCCCUUCUGGAGUGGCUCAAGAAGCAACAGAAGGAGCUGUCCGCUGACUCGCCCGUGCACGGUGAUCUUGAUACUGUCAUGGCGCUCAUCGAGCAACAUAAGCAAUUCGAGGAGGACUUGCAGUCGCGGUCGCAGCAGAUGGCGUCGGUGCUGAAGACGGGCCGCGAGCUGCAGAGCUCGGCGCCUGCUGCGGACGGCGCCGCCAUCGCCGCGCAGUGCCACGAGCUGCAGCUCGCCUGGGACCGCCUCGCGCGCGCCACCGCCGCCCGCGCCACCCGCCUCGACGUCGCGCUCAAGGAGGCUGAAAAACUACACCGUUCAGUCAAUAUGCUACUCGAGUGGCUAUCAGACGCAGAGACCAAGCUUCGAUUCUCCGGCCAGCUACCCGAAGGAGACCAAGAAACCCAGCAACAGAUCCGCGAACACGAACGCUUCGUGCGAGAGCUCAACGAGAAACUAAAAGACAAGGAGGACACUAUCACUUUGGCUCACUCUAUCUUAAGCAAGGCUCAUCCUGACGCAGUAACUGUCAUCAAACAUUGGAUUACAAUCAUUCAAAGUCGAUGGGAUGAGGUAUGGCAAUGGGCGAUGCAGCGUGGCACCAAGCUGGAGACCCACAUGCAGAGCUUGAAGGACCUGGACUUAGUGCUGGAAGAACUCUUGCAAUGGCUCAUCGGACUUGAGAAUACGCUACUUUCGCUUGAAGCUGAACCUCUACCAGAAUCGAUCGAACUACUAGAAGGCCUUAUCGAAGACCAUAAGGAGUUGAUGGAACACACACAGAAGAGACAAAAUGAAGUCGACAGAGUCUGCAAGGCUUACCAGGUUAAGAGCCAGAACCAGGGUCGAGAGAACACACCAAGGAAGGUAUCGGCCAAGAGCGCUACUAAAGGAGCACCUGGACGCGGUUCACAGCACGACCUACAUAGGGACAGAUCAGUGUCGCCUGAUUACUAUGGGUCUAGGCGUUUCAGUCGCGUGAGUCCCGGGCGGGAGUCGCCGGAUCGCAACCUGCCGCACUACGGACCCAGGUUCCUGGCGAAGGGAAGCAGCAAGGGUGCUGAACCAGAAUUUAGAUCGCCCCGCGUAAAACAACUAUGGGACAAAUGGCGCACUGUGUGGUUGCUAGCGUGGGAGAGACAACGCCGGCUGCACGACAGACUCGUCCAUUUGAAGGAACUGCAGCGAGUGUCCAACUUCAGCUGGGACGACUGGAGAAAGCGGUUCCUCAAGUUCAUGAAUCACAAGAAGUCAAGACUGACGGAUCUGUUCCGCAAGAUGGACAAGGACAACAAUGGACUGAUAGCGAGACAUGAAUUUAUUGACGGAAUUAUCAACACCAAAUUUGACACGUCCCGACUAGAGAUGGGCGCUGUGGCUGAUCUGUUCGAUAGAAAUGGCAGCGGUCUGAUUGACUGGGAGGAAUUCAUCGCGGCACUCAGACCUGACUGGGUCGAACGCCGCGGUCCACCGACGGAUGCAGACAAGAUCCACGAUGAAGUGAAGCGCCUCGUCAUGCUGUGUACUUGCAGGCAGAAAUUCAGGGUGUUCCAGGUCGGAGAGGGCAAGUACCGGUUCGGUGACUCGCAGAAGUUGCGCUUGGUGCGUAUUCUUCGCUCCACUGUCAUGGUACGCGUCGGAGGAGGUUGGGUCGCACUCGACGAGUUCUUGGUCAAGAACGACCCCUGCAGAGCCAAGGGACGCACGAACAUCGAACUACGAGAGCAAUUCAUUCUGGCUGAUGGAGUGUCACAGAGCAUGGCAGCGUUCAGACCGCGUACGCCCCGUUCUAACACCAACACACCACCGUCCACUGGACCCAUUACCAAGGUAAGAGAACGAACUGCACGUUCCGUCCCAAUGUCUGCGGGAGGCGCAGCGGGCAGAGCAUCCCGCUCAUCACUGAGCGCAGGUACACCUGACUCCUUGAGUGACAACGAAGCAGCAAGCGGACUUGGAACUAGAUACAGAAAGCCUAGUGCGCCAAGAUCUACCUUAACUCCUGGAGGAUCUCGUCCAGGAUCACGGCCGGGAUCAAGAACCGGAUCAAAACCACCCUCAAGACAUGGAUCUAAUCUCUCUCUAGAUAGUACAGACGACUUUUCUACACCAUCUCGAAUUCCGAUGCGUAAAGUGACAAAUACGCGAGCAUCAUUAGCUCGCGCAGCUGCCACUGCCAAUAAACUCGGUGUUGCUACACCAAAUGGUGGUUCCAGACCUCGUACUCCUACUGGAUUAUUGACGCCCGCUAGUGGCAGGUUAUCUAGCAGCGGGAUGUACCGCACCUCCAGUAUACCGACACUGUCACCGGUGCCCGCAUUAGUGAGGCAAAGAACACCUUCAGGGAGCACAACGCCGGUGCGGUCAGGUCAGCAGACCGCAGUGACGCGACUGUUGCGGAAGCCUUCAGAUUCAUCUGAACCCGGCACUCCCACCACACCGGCCUCACGACGCGGUACUCCAGCAUCAUCUCGAACAACGGACAAACGCGAACCAUUCCGACUUUAG